AUGUCGGGAUCAUCACAUGUCCCGUUGCCUCAGCCCGCUCCGAUCGAGGAGAAACUAGCGGCAUUCGAUUCGGUCCCUCUCUUCAUGAAAUCAUUGCCUGAGGAUUCGCUGGAAGAUCCGACAGUAGCAGCAUUACAGAGCCUAGCGCAUGAAGGGACAUCAGACGAAAUCGCACAGAACUUCAAAGAGCAAGGAAAUGACUACUUCAAAGGGAAACGUUACCGGGAGGCUCUUGGGUUUUAUGCGCAGGGAAUAGAUGCCAAGCCAACCGAUCCUGUUCUCACCGAGGCACUCCUAUGCAACCGAGCAGCAUGUAACCAGGAAUUGAUGAACUACGGCUCGGUGCUGAAGGACUGCUCGAAAGCCAUCAUGACAAACCCACGCUCGUCGAAGGCACAUUAUCGGUCAGCACUGGCCCUCAUGGCCCUCGAACGAUUCGAUGAAGCCAUUGAUUGCUGUGACCGCUGCUUACAAUUCGACGAGAAGAACAAGGACGUGAGAGCGUUACGUCAAAAGGCAGAGAAUCAGAAGACUGCCAAGGAGAAGAGAGAGAGGGAGAGGCAGGAGCGGAUCCGCAAAGAGCAAGAACACAAACGGAGACUAGAAGCAGCUUUCAAGGAACGGAACUUGAUUGUCAUCUCACCGCCGAACGGAGCUUCCGAGAACCCCUACGCGCCGUCAUUUGACCCAGAGGAUCCGACCAACAGUACCCUCAUUGUCCCCGUCUUUUUCCUAUACCCUCAGUAUGCAACAUCCGACGUCAUUUCGCACUUCGUCGAGGACACGCAAUUCUCAGCACACCUGGCGGCCAUGUUCCCCCCGGAGGCACCUGAGCCUCACUGGGACAAGAAUCACGAAUACCCUGCUGACAAGUUGGUCGUGUACGCCAUGACAAGUAGGAAGCGCCUAUUGAAGAUCGGCAAGAAGAUGACGUUGAGGGACGUGUUCAAGGCAUCUAAGGAAAAGGAGGGGCAGCCGAAGGAUGGACUCGAGCUCAAGGAUGGGUGCUUGACGUUCGUGGUACUGCCGAAGGGCGCGACAGAGACAAACUGGGUAGAGGACAUCGACUGCACCACGAAAAUCACCGCAUCCCAAGUCAACGACGGCGGUAGGCACGGUCCCUCAAGCUUCAAGAUGUCGGUACAGCACAAGAUCUUCCGCACGGCCAACGCCCCCACCACUCCUCCCGAUGAGACGGAGAUCAGCGUCGCGCAGGCGAUAAUCGACCUCGAGAACAACGUUCCCGAGCUCAAGUCUGAGCUGCGACCUCUCCAGAUCUCUGCCGCCCGUGAAGUUGACGUUCGCGGUGGCAAGAAGGCCAUCGUUGUUUUCGUCCCGGUACCUCAGCUCAAGGCCUUCCACAAGGUCCAACAAAGGCUGACCCGGGAACUCGAGAAGAAGUUCUCGGACCGUCACGUCGUGUUUGUUGCCCAGCGCCGGAUGCUGCGCAAGCCCACCCGUACUUCUCGCGUCAAGCAGAAGAGGCCUCGUAGCCGCACCCUCACGAACGUCCACGAGAAGAUCCUCGAGGACCUCGUCUUCCCCACAGAGAUCGUUGGCAAGCGGACGCGUGUCGCUGUUGACGGCUCAAAACUCCUCAAAGUGUUCCUCGACUCCAAGGAUGCGACAUCACUCGAGUACAAGCUCGACUCGUUCUCGUCCGUCUACCGCCGCCUUACGGGCAAGGAUGUCGUGUUCGAGUUCCCGGUGCAGGCACAGGAUUAG